UGUAUGAAGACAUUAGCAGCGUUAGAGGGGAGUCAGAUCAACCUCAAGGCGCUGAUUUAACCUCCAUGACCGAAGACUUCAAUUUCUAUCAAGGAGGGAGGUUUCCAGGAGAUUGGGGUUCAUGUCAAAGCUUGGAGAUGGUUAAUUUGGGUCAGAACUUCUUCAAGGGCGUAGGUCUUAGUAAAUGCAAGAACCUUCGUCUUCUUGAUUUGAGUUCGAAUAUGCUUACCGGAGAGCUUCUCAGAGAGAUAUCGCGCGGUUCCCUGCAUGAGUGUUUUUGACGUUGGCGGAAACAGAUUAUUGGGCUUAAUCCCUGAGUUUCUCAGCAAUGCCACAACCCAGUCUUUUUAUUCGAAAAUACACGUAUGCGCAUGCAUCUAUCAGGAGUCACACCAGUUGAAGCAAGAAGAUGGUUCACAUAAGGAGACCGAGCAAUGGCUUUCGAGUGCAGCACCAAACCAACGUUUAUAAAAAAUUACCUCUUAGAUAUAUUAUAGUAAACUCUAAAAACUAGAUGCAUCCAGAAUUCGCGGCAAAACAAUUUUCCUUUCAUUUACAAAUUUUAAUGGGCUUAUAUAAUACUGAAGUAAGGUAGGGCUAGGGCCAAAUAAUAGAUUGGGAUAAAAUAAACGAGACGGUGUGAGAAACGAACCCUAAAUUUCCUAAUCAUGUCGCUGAAAAUGAGAUCGAUCUUUGCUCAGGUGUAUCAAAAAUCGGUAUCGGCGGGGCAUAGACGCAAUUUCUCUUCAUCCUCAACCAAGUGCGAAGUGUCGAAGAAAACAGCUAUGGGGAUUUAUGUUGUUACUCGAACCCUAGGUUUUGCUUCCGGAUUUCUCGCUGGCAAUUAUGUAGUUGGUGAUUUUGAUAAGAAGCUUUUGGAGCGGCUGGAAGAGGAUAUGAGGAAGGAUGAGGAAUACUUCAAGAGAAGCGAAGCGAUAUUGUCCCAUCUUUCAAAGUUGCCUAGGUCAGCCAAUUAAUUGGCUUUUGCUAAUUAUUAUGUAUAAGAUGUAUGUGUCGUAUGGUAUGACAACUAUGUGUCCGUUGUGGUUUUGUCUAAACUGAAAUACUUGUCUCUGCAAUUGCUUUCUUUCGCUCAGUCAAAAUAUUUUAAUUUCGUGUGUG